CCGACGUCCCGGAUUCGUCAGACGCCAGCCUGUCCCGCGUGGUGCUCGUUGCCAUGGUGAUCGCGGCCACUGGACCCUCCGGACUAGGCAGCGUCAGGAGCCUCUGCAGCCGCCGCAGGACUCCCUGGAAGGAUGAGGUCCUCUGUGAUGCCUUUGGGGCCCACUGUGAGCCAGGACCGCGUCAUCACCAGCUUCCCUAAGUGGUACACGCCCGCCGCCUGCCUGCAGCUCCGGGAGCACUUCCACGGGCAGGUCAGCGCUGCCUGCCAGCACAGGAAUACGGGGACCGUCGGGCUCAAACUCUCCAAGGUGGUUGUGGUCGGCGACCUCUACGUGGGCAAGACCAGCCUCAUCCACAGGUUCUGCAAGAAUGUUUUCGACCGUGACUACAAGGCCACCAUCGGGGUGGACUUUGAGAUGGAGCGCUUUGAGGUCGCCGGGAUCCCCUUCAGCCUCCAGAUCUGGGACACAGCAGGACAGGAGAAGUUCAAGUGCAUCGCGUCUGCCUACUACCGGGGUGCCCAGGUGAUCAUCACGGCCUUUGACCUCACUGACAUGCAGACCCUGGAACACACCAGGCAGUGGCUGGAGGACGCGCUGAGGGAGAAUGAACCAGGCGCCUGCUUCCUGUUCCUCGUGGGGACCAAGAAGGACCUUCUGUCAGGGGCCGCGUGCAAGCAGGCGGAGGCGGAGGCCGUGCGCCUGGCCAACGAGAUGCAGGCCGAGUACUGGUCCGUGUCAGCCAAGACCGGGGAGAACGUGAAGGCGUUUUUCAGCCGCGUGGCCGCCCUGGCCUUCGAGCACUCGGUGCUGCAGGACCUGGAGCGGAGGAGCAGUGCCCGGCCGCAGGUCGGCGACGGGGACAUCAUCCGGAUGGAGGGACACCCACCCGAGACCCAGGACAGCAAGAGGCCCUCCAGCCCAGGUUGCUGUUAGCUGAGCCUGCGUCAGAGGCCUCCACUGCCUGCAUGCGUGUGGGCAGUGCCUCCAGUGACCUGGAGGGUGACACGGAACACCCACCGUGCUGAGCCCCAGGGCUCCGCCUCUUCUCUUUAGUGGGUCGGGAGCCAAGGAAGGCCCCCAGUGGCUGCCCAGCUGGUGGGGGCACUGAGGCUGUCAUCUGGAAGGCCAGUUGCACUUACAGAGUCACCCGACAGCCCCCCGGCCCCGGGAGGCUCAGCACCACAGGCACAGACACGUGCCCCCAGGCCCACAGCGCUCGCCCUGGGCACAGUCAGCAUCCCCUCGGGCCUCUUCCCCACUUUCCUGGGUCGGCCUCGGAAUCCUCCUCAUCUCGGUGGUCCAGGCGAGCGGGACUUGCUGAAGUCAAGGCUCCCUGUCUGCUGCAACCCGGAUCACGCAGGAGCACCCAGGCCUCCCCUCCCCAGCUCCCGCCCAGAGCGCCCAGCCCUCUCCAUGCCCUCGUGUUGCUCCUCCUCAGGGGCUACUGAGCCCCCACCCACCCCACUCUCCCCAGCCCUGGGUGUGUGCCCCCCAGUCCUGCCCUCCAUGGCCAUAGGCAGGUGGCACGUCUGGCUCCCGCCUGUUUCUCGGAGAUGGUGAGCAUUUCUCGGGCAGCCAGGUGGUUAGCCGCUGGGAGACUCGGCAGCUUCUGUUCAUUCCCCCUUCACCACACUUUUA